AUGAUGGAGUCUGUGCGAAUGGUUCUUAUGCGAGAAGGUGCCAGGGUGAUAGGAAGAUCAAUUAUGGCCACAGUUUGUGAUAUUAUGCUAAGAAAUCGAAUGACCAAGAAUGAGGCAGAGAUGAUUCUACAGAUUGAAGCAGGUACGAGUCGUAAUGAGGUAAAGGCAGUAUUUACCAGGAUGUAUGAUGCAAACUCGAAGGAAAAUAAGGGAUCGGCAUAUCUACAGUCUAAGAUUCUUGCAGCAUACAGUGUCCUUAAUAGAUGA